CACCAUUCAAGAGGUCAAUCAUACGCAACGCAACAUGUCACUCAAAGCCCUUAUCCUUCACGCACAUGCCUCAGGCCCCAACCCCAUCAAAUGCGCCAUCGUCCUCGAGUUCCUGAACCUGGACUAUGAAGUCAAGAUGUGGGACUUUGGCGACGACCCCAACAAGGGCGUAAAAGGCGCAUCCUUCCUCAAGAUCAAUGAGAACGGCCGUGUGCCCGCACUCGAAGACCCCAACACCGGCGUCGUGAGUUGGGAGAGCGGAGCCUGCAUCAACUACCUACGAAGGCAGUACGACGGAGAUGGCAAGAAACUGGGGCCCCGUUCCAAAGGUGGUGCGGCACCGAGUCUGCAGGAUGUGGUUGAUUACGACAAGUGGGAGUGCUUUUUGCUUACCACGCUGGGGCCGAUGACGGGCCAGACGAACUGGUAUCGUCAUUACAACCCUACUAAGAACGAGGAUGCAUUGAAUCGCUACGUCGAGCAGACAGAUCGCUGCUACUCGGUGCUUGAGGGACAGCUGAAGAAGACCAACGGCGAGAGCAUUCUGCCUGGCGGUGUUACGGCUGUGGAUGCGCAUUUCGAGCCGUGGGUGAGACAGCAUGCGUUUGCGCAGGUGCCGAUUGAUGGGUAUCCGAAUGUGAAGAAGUGGCUGGAGAAAAUUGGAGGCUUGGAGGAGGUCAGGAAGGCGUAUGAGAGGAUCCAGAAGGCGCCGAAGCCGGGAGAGUCGUAAAGAUGUCGUGUUAUUAGCUAAGGACAUGUGAAUGAGAGAAAAUAAAGCUAGAUGGCCGAGUUUGUAUACGGGCACCGAAUGGAUGAGUACCGAGCG